GGAGAAGCUGAGCGGAGAGCUAGUGGAGGGCCCCGGGAGGGAGCCGCCGAGGUGCGGGUCGGAGAGGCCGGGCUACGCCGUCCCCUGCGCUUGAGCAGCUGCGGCGGCCGAGGCAGCAUCCAGCGGCGGAGCCAGCAGUUCCAGCCUGUUGCUUACUUUUUGCUGCACCAACACAGUCAUUAUGCCGAAGAGAAAGUCUCCAGAAAACACAGAGGGCAAAGAUGGACCUAAAGUAACUAAACAGGAGCCCACAAGACGGUCUGCCAGAUUGUCAGCGAAACCUGCUCCACCAAAACCUGAACCUAAACCAAGAAAAACAUCUGCUAAGAAAGAACCUGGAACAAAGAUUAACAGAGGUGCUAAAGGGAAGAAGGAGGAAAAGCAGGAAGCUGGAAAGGAAGGUACUGCACCAUCUGAAAAUGGUGAAACUAAAGCUGAAGAGAUCCACAUCUCUCGCUCAACUGUUAAUGUCUCAUCCUCCAGAGGUACCCCACCCAGCACACUGUCAGUAAAAGGGCAGAUUGAAACAGUGAGAGUUAAGGGUACAGUAGAAAAUUCUGCAUGUUUGCAGUGACUAGAAUCAGAUAGUGGUGUGGUGUUUUUUAUUAUGAACGGUGGGAGCUUGCAGGUAAGGCUUCUGUGGUUGUUUGAAAAGCAGAAAGCAAUAAAUGCAGCAAAGUGUUUGUAUAAUAUAUUCCUGCCUUGUCUGUUUUACACCCAGAGUUGAAAUAGGUUUUGCAGUAUUGCUGCAAAAAAACACAAAUGUUCAAAAGUGUGUGUGUUAGUGGGCGGACUUUUCUUUGGUUAUAGUAGUUUUAGUAGUAACUACAUGAUUUUUUUUUUCUUUCUUUUUCACAGGCACAGAAAACUGAAUCUGUAGAUAACGAGGGAGAAUGAAUUGUCAUGAGAAAUUGGGGUUGCUUUUAUGUACCUCUUGGGACAACUUUUAAAAGCUAUUUUUACCAAGUAUUUUGUAAAUCCUAAUUUUUUAGGACUCUACUAGUUGGCAUACAAAAAUAUAUAAGGAUGGACAUUUUAACCUCUCAUAGUCAUGCUUUUUGGAAAUUUCCAUCAUCCUGAAGUAAAAUAAAUAGCAAUUUAAUAUUGGAAGCUGUGUUUAAAAUUGAUUCAGCUUUCCAUGCAUUUGUUUUAAAAAUUUAGUCCUCUGCAUACUGUGGUGUUUUUACUGUGCAUAUUUGAAUUUUUCAUGUAGUUUUUCUAGAGCAAUAAUCAGUGGUGCUUUUGUAUCUAGGUUUUAUGUGAUUUUAAUGAAACAUGGAUAGUUGUGGCCACCUGCUGACUAUUUGUGGUUUAAAAUAAAAGGUUUUCUUGUCUGCAAAA